AUGUUUGUAGAGGAGCGCAUUCUAACAUUAUUCAAAAGAAAUUUACAUCACACCUUAACCUACUGGAGUGUGUUCUUCAGUUUUGGACUCUGCAUUGCCUUUCUUGGACCCACUAUAUUGGAUCUGCGAUGUCAAACACAGUCGACUCUCAGUCAGAUUACCUGGGUGUUCUUUGCCCAGCAGUUCUGCUUGCUCAUUGGCAGCUCUAUAGCUGGUGUUUUCAAGAAAACGUUGUUCAGGGCCUUGUCAGCCCUAUUCGUCUCUGCACUGAUCAUAUCAGUGAUAUUUGCCAUCAUUCCCCUCUGCCAUAAUGUGCUCCUGCUGGCCAUUGCUAUGGCUGUGUCUGGUCUGGCCAUGGGCAUAAUCGACACCAUUGCCAACAUCCAGCUGGUCACCAUAUACCAGAAGGACUCUGCUGUAUUCUUACAGGCUCUUCAUUUCUUCAUUGGGUUUGGAGCUCUAGUGAGUCCACUCAUAGCAGACCCUUUCCUGUCAGAGAAGGGUUGUACUGUGGGGAACGUGACCGAAAAUGUGACAGAGAUCAUGCACCACCUCCGGUACUCACUGAGAAACAUCCCCAUGAACAUGCAUAACAUGACCGAGGACCAUGAGCUCCAUGUGGAGGAGGAAGAGUCCAGCGUGUCAUAUGCCUUCUGGAUCAUGGCUUUCAUCAAUCUCCCAGUACCUAUUGCAGUUCUGUAUCUGAUGUACCGGGAACGGCUAAUCCCCUGCUGUCCCAGUGGGACCCCUCAGCUACUGGACAAAGAUGAGCUGGCCAUGGAAAACCAGGCAAAUGAGGGGCCCGAUACAGAGCCUAAAGAUCACGAGGCUGGAGGUCAUGGGGAUAUCUUCAGCUGCUGUCAGAAUGACAACCUGCGUGGCUUGCCUGUGUCCUUCUUCAUGAUUCAUAUAUUGGGUGGAAUGGUCCUCUUCAUGACUGAUGGCAUUGUGGGAGCCUAUGCUGGUUUUGUGUACACAUAUGCUGUGAGUCCACCCAUGGCGUUAUCCCAUAAGACAGCUGGUUACCUAGCAAGCAUCUUUUGGGCUGCCAUUACUGCUGGACGCUUGUUGUCCAUACCCCUCUCCUACCGCUUCCAGCCUGUCCGACUGCUUAUGGUCAACCUGGCUGGAGUCAUAGUCACAGUGUUGCUGCUGCUCAUCUUCUACACCAGCAGUGUGUUUCUCUUUGUGGGGACAUGUCUCUGUGGGUUGUUCCUCAGCAGCGUCUUCCCUUGUAUGUUGGCCUACACUGAGGACAUCCUGGACUACCAAGGAUGUGCCACCUCCGUGCUUGUAACAAGUGCUGGAAUGGGUGAGAUGGUCAUGCAGGUUCUGGUGGGAUCGAUAAUCCAGAGUGAGGGCAGUUACAGCUUUCUGCUCUGUGGUAUGAUCAUCGGAUGUAUCGGCUUCGUCCUUUUCUUCGGGCUUCUGUUCUUUGAACGCUUACACAAGAACUACCUCACUGGAACGUCUAAAAAGUCUGCCAUGGUAGAGGAGCCAGCCACAGAGGUCAGGCCAGAGCACAAAGAGGAGACAGAGAGCAGCUGAGAGGAGCGGCAGCUGCAGGUU